GUUUCUUCAGCAUGGGCAGUGCUGACUUCGGCCCGCUGAUGGAGAUCAUAGAGGCGAGAGACGAAUGGCUGGACAAGGAUUUUCCCAGGCCACUUCCUGCAGAGGGUGACAUGGACUCUUCCUGCGCCCUGAACGAGGGGAGGACUUCUCCCCCAAACUCUCUUCUCAUUGGUGGAGCCGGAGGGGGCGGAGCUCACCGGAAGCGUCGCACGCUGGUGGCCCCGGAUAUGAACUUGUCGUUGGACCAGAGCGAAGGGUCCUUGCUCUCCGAUGACUUCCUGGAUACGCCUGAUGAUCUGGAUAUUAACGUGGAUGAUAUCGAGACGCCCGAUGAGACAGAUUCGCUUGAGUUCAUUACCAACGGCAACGACCUGGAGUGGGAGGUCAUUGCAAUUUCCAAACCCUUCAUCAGUGUGAAGUUCAUGAAUAAGAUCCGUUAUGUGCACAGUCUGGAAGAGCUGGAAAAGAUUGUUCCUAUGGAUCAUAUCCAGAUCCCAGAGUGUGUCUUACAAUUUGAAGAGGAAAGAAUGAAUGCUAGAAAAGAGAGAAUGGAGCAGGAACAGAAAGAGCAGCAGCAUCAAGAACAGCAACAGAAGCCCGUCAAUCCAGAGAGGACGACAGCGAUUGAAGCGCCUGUACAGUGAGCAGACGAACUUGAAUAUUUUUGUUGCUGACCUUGGACCAUUUUUCAUAUUCCCAAAUUAUAUAUUAAUACACACAUCAGAUGACUCGAAACUGGUCUCAGAUCAGCAACAAAGCGGAAACGUUGGCAGGUGAGAACUGAGAAGGCCAGCUGCUCUUGCUUUCGUCCUCAAAGGCACCAUUUUAAAAAAGCAUUUCGAAAUCCACCAACAGAUGGCUCUACGCACAGAGAAACGUCGCUGUUUGGUAGCAGGAUGUACCAUCGUGUGCUGUGGCCUCUUUGCUGUUAUCGCUUUUUUAAAUAGGCUGUUCCCUGCUUGCUGACCCUGGAGAAUGUCAUGUUGUGACCUGCCUUUAUUAGACGGGUGUGUCUGCUCAGGAUUCGAUUACUGGUGCAUGUCGAUUUCCAAGCAUCUCUGUGCUUCUCUGUGUGUAUGCGCCCAAAUCGAAUGUAACUUUUAUAGACAAAUAGAGGGGGUUGUCAGAGCUUAACUCACAGCUGUCAAAGCCUGGAAUGCUUUCUUGGAUGUUUUUGAAUGUCUUAACCCCUUCCAUCUUGUUGAACGACCAGCUUUUGUAAACGAUAAGUGCCAGUCAUCUCUGAAAACAUUUCGACAUUAGCUGUACUUUUAUGUCGCCUUAUGUUUGCUGUGAAAAUGGUUCAAAAUUAAACAUUCUACUAUAUGUAUGACUACAA